CUUUACACAACUCGGCUUAUUCCCUGCAUUCAACUUUCUUUUUCUCUCCUUUACUUUUUCUUUGUCUAUGCUGAUGCUCAGCUGCUGUUGAGUUUCACUUUCAAUAAUCAAGCCUCAAAUACUAGAAAAAGCUGGGAAUACAAGGUUCAUGCGCUAAAGCCGAAAGCUCAAAGAAGACAUCACAAGACCUCACGAGACAUGCCCCUUCGAUGACCAACGACUCUUGCACCUGCUAGAACUUCACCUCCCACAACAACUUCAGACGAAAACAUAUCAUGCCACGACGUCGUAAACCUCCGCGCGCAGGCGCCCUCGCAGAACUUGCGCCCCUAAAAAUCGCAGGCCAGAUCGCGACACUACAGGCGAUAUACUACUUCGCUGCGCUGGUCCUCAUUGUCUUUACGGCGCUUGUUUCUGGCUCGGGAUUUAGCUGGACGCUUGUAUUUGGCUGGGAGGGACUGAGAGGAGAUACCACGCAUGGAUGGCUCAUGGCAUUUGUGUUCUUGUUGGACGGAGGGCUGAUCAUUCCUAUCGCAAUAGUCGCCCUCAUCGCUCGCUCCAAACUCGUACCCGAUUUCGCCUUAACCGUUCACUUUCUCAACCUCGUAAUCGCAUCCCUUUACAGCGGUCACAUUCCCCGCCACGGAGCAUGGUGGUUCACCAUGCUAGUCUCCUCAGGGCUAUGCAUCGGUCUGGGAACAUGGGGCUGCCAAUAUCGCGAACUCCAGCCCGUCUUCUUCGGCGGCCGUCGUAUUCUCCCAGCUACAGGACCUGAAGGCGCAGCGCCGCAACCUCCUCCGCCUGUUGAUGAGGAGAUGGGUAUUGCUGUGAGAGGAAGGGGGCCGGAUGGUGGUGGAGAGUAUGAGAUGGCGCCUAUGCAGCCUGUAAGAUGAAAAUUGGGGUUGGGUUCCUUGGAUAUGGUUGAAUAGACUUGCAUUGCUAGGCGUUUGGGCGCUCUUUACCCCGUUUAUGUACGUUAAUAUGGAAGAGUUUUAAUCAGGAGUCAGACUUGUUCCUGUGUCAGUUCCAGACUGAGUGAGACGACUCGAGGAUAGAUCUGUCUAUCAAGAGACGAACAUCAAUAUAACGACCGGAUUUCAUAAAG